CUUCUAAUACUGUGCCCGUGCCCCUCCAUCUCUCCACUCCAAAGCCUGGAAUUCUGAGAUGGCGGGGCAGAUUAGAUUAUGCGCAUCGGCCCGUCACGUCACUCACUCCCAUUGCGAUCAUCAGUAUUUCGGUUCUUUUCAUUUUUCCCUCCUUUCUCGAUAAAUAAGCUUAUUAGUACUCUUUUCUCUUCUCGCGAUCGACCUACUUUGUUUCGUAUCACUGUAUCAUCGUCGAAAUCAUGCCGGACCAAAUAAACGUCCUCUUUGUGUGUCUCGGUAAUAUUUGCCGCUCACCCAUGGCUGAGGGUAUCUUCCAGAGCCUUGCCAAGCAGCCGAAUCUCAAGGAUAAGAUUGGGCGCAUCGACUCUUGCGGUACAGCUGCCUAUCACAGCGGAGAACCUCCGGAUGACCGAACUAUGGCUACUCUCGAAGCCAAUGGUAUAAAUGAUUACGACCAUCUCGCGCGGCGCUUCCACCCGAGUGAUUUCAACACCUUUGACUACAUUUUCGCCAUGGACAGAUCGAACCUCUCCGAUCUUCACAGACUGCAGAAGAACGCCCCAGACUCCAAAGCCAAGGUUAUGCUAUUCGGCGAAUUCAGCGGAACAAAGCGACCCGAGAUCGUCAACGAUCCUUACUACGGCGGAGACGACGGUUUCGCAAAGGCGUAUGAGCAGUGCACACGGUUCUCCAAGAACUUCCUGAAGGAGACUUUCGGAGAAGAGUAAAUGGAUGAUAUGGAUGGAGUUGGGGGGUGGUGAUGGAUUUAAUACCCGAUACCUGUACAUACAGAUGAUCAAUGAAGGGAAACUAGGUUACAUAUUAGAGGGGACUAGGUAGAUUAGAAUACUAUUGACAUUUCAACAAAGUUGAUGAUUAUUGGCUGAAUGAUUCCCAGCAAGACGGUUC